AUGAGUACGAGCAAUGAAGAUGAUUUUUUUGUUCAGUUGUUCUCAUUCGAUGGUCUCACGCCAGGCACAUGGUUUGCGAUUCGAAUUUUGUACAGACUGUUUUUCAUCGACAACUCUUCAAGGGAUUUGGCAACAAAACAGGAAAUAAUCGUUCAAACGAAGAACAGCUCGAGGUACGAUCAGUCAAUAGUGAAUGAACGAGUUGUGCUCAUUGAUUCGAUUAUCGUUCAACGAACUCAUAUGCAUAUUGCCGUGAAAUCGGUUUUCACCAAUACCAAAAAGCGUUGCAAAACGCUCUCGAUUACAACUUCUUGGUUUCAGAUUGCCACCGUGAUCGUUCCCGAGUUGCUGUGUGAACGUGGUACAAUUAAACCGUUAGCGCAACAAGUGAAUCGAGUUGCAGAGUUCGAUUUUGAUAUGAACACAGUGAUGGUGAAAUCUUCCUCGAGCCGCUCACCAAAAUCUGAUCCCAGUUGUAAACGUCUGUGCAUAUUUCCUUUUUUGAGAGUCAUCAUAAAUAAUGUGACUGAGAUGUUCAAAGCUAGAGAAUGGUGUGCUACAAUCGACGAACUGAAACAUGAGGUACUUCUCAUCUCUUCAGCUUCCACAUCCUCUUUUCCAGGCCUCAUAUUGUGUCUACUUUUGAAUCUUUUAUCUUCAACUGUUUACUUGAAUUCAUCAAUGGCAUUGCGGUAG